AUGGAAACGAGUAUAACAUAUACACUUGAAGAAUGUAUUGAUCAUAUUGGUUUAGGAAAAUAUCAAUGGCGUCUGAUUAGUAUAUUAGGAUUUUGUUCAAUGGCUGAUGCUGUGGAAAUGAUGCUUUUGGCUAUUUUAGGGCCAGCAAUUACUUGUUAUUGGCCUGAUGUGACAAAAAUUCAAAUGGCUGCAUUAACUACUGGUGUUUUUGCUGGUAUGAUGCUUGGAGCAUUUAUAUUUGGUAUUAUAGCUGAUAAAUAUGGACGAAGACGAGUAAUUGUUAUAAGUGCAGUAUUAAAUACUUUAUUUGGAAUUUUUACAGCCAUUGCACCGAAUUAUUAUUUCGUAUUACUUUCAAGAAUUCUUGUUGGAUUUGCCCUAUCAGGAGCUGCUCAAGGGUAA